AUGAACGCGUUAGCGCCACGCACGGGUGGCCUUCUGCGUUUAUUACCUGUCCGACAGACCGCCGACCGCCGCUCCCCCUCGUUCCCCAGCCCUCCGCGAGGGGAGCCGCGGGAGGGUGACUCGCGUGGCGGCGGGGACAGCUCGCUCACAAUUAUCCCGCGGUGGGCGUGGUCGCCCCAAUCGAUAGCCGCAGCUCAUCAGCGGCCGAGGCGGCGGGCACCGAGGGCCACAACGCAUCCAGGUGCGGGGCGCCGGAGCUGUCGCCGCUCCCGUCCAUUUAACUCGGGGCGACGCGGCGCGGGGCGGGGCGGCGAGCCAUCUGGAGAGGCGCGCAGGGAGCGGGCGGCGGGGGCGCGAGAUAAGCCGCCUGAGCAUUUAAACACCGCUGCCGCGUCAACGCUGUCUGCGGCUUUCGAUCGAUUUCCUUCGACAGAUCGCCGAGGGGCGGUGGGCGCGAGAAGCGUCUUGCGAACAGGCGCAAUUGCGCUCUCGGGGCAACAAACAAACCGUCGGAGCUGCUCUCCUAUGACUGGCGGAAAGCCAAAAACUAGAAAUCGUCUGCAAAAGACCGCCGUUAAGGGCGCAAUUUGCGAAAUGUUUGGCGCAGAGCACGUCGAAAAGACGAAUAGUGCGACGUCCCGCCAUAUUCCUAACGCCAACAUUAGGCCUUCAUUUUCCUCUCCGCCUCUGUUUGGGAACUCCUCGUUGGGUGCAAUCGCCGAUCGAGCCGCCACGGGCGACGAGGCGCGGCGAGUUGGCGCGCAACGGCACGGCACGGCUCAUUCCCGCCCGCGCUCCUCGCGCGGCCCGCUCCACGCGAUCCUUCCACGCACAUGGGACACCCCUCCCACGCGGACGCCUGCUCCCCCGCCGACACCGGUUCGAGCCCCGGAGAGGGAAUUCGAUGCCCGCCCCCUCCACCACGGCGUGCCAACACCCACUUCUUUGGGCCACAUAAACAAAUUAAUUAGCGGGCUGGGCGUAUUGAUGUUCCGUCUCCGCGGCGUGAAAGGAAAUAACGCAUGCGCAUCCCACAGCACCGGACUGAAACGCCGUCGCCCGCGAUAA